AUGGCAGGCCACGGCGUUCCAGCAGACGACUUCGUGGGCCGAAAAUUCUCUUACCUCGUCGUCGGCGGAGGCACAGCCGGCCUAUGCGUGGCGGCACGUCUCAGCGAAGACCCCGACAUCACCGUUGGAAUCCUCGAGGCUGGUGCUGGCCACAUCCAGGAUCCUGCCAUCGAUGUGCCCGGACGCUACGGCGAGGGGAUCGGAACUGCAUAUGACUGGCAGUACGAGACGACAGCACAGCCAGGGCUGGGAGGUCGCAAGUUGCCGUGGCCGAGAGGAAAAGUGCUCGGUGGGACGAGUGCGCUCAACUUCAUGACAUGGAAUCGACCGAACCGCGAAGAUCUGGAUUCGUGGGCGGAGCUGGGGAUUGCAGGGUGGUCGUGGGAUGAGAUGCUACCGUACUAUAAGAAGUCUGAGAAGUUCUCUCCGCCCGACAGCGAGGACGUCACAGAGCAUCGUCUGGUCCAUGAUCCAACAGCGCUUGGGACGGAUGGGCCGGUGGCAGUGAGCUAUUCGAAGGAGUACUCACCCUCUCACCGACUGUGGCACGACACUCUAGCGAACCUCAAUGUCCAGACGAAUGAAGCCCAUCUCUCAGGUUCCAGCAUCGGUGCCUGGACAACCAUCACUGCGGUAGACGCCGGGUCGCGGACGAGGUCAUAUGCUGCGCCUGCCUAUUACCUCCCCAACGCCGCUCGUCCCAACCUCGUCCUCUGUACCAGCGCCACAGUGACGGAAGUUGUGUUGGAAAAUGACCAGAGCGCUUCCAAGUGGGCCGCCAAAGGUGUCCGCUUCCACUGCGAAGGUAAGCAAUACGCAGCGACGGCAUCUGAAGAGGUCAUCAUCUGCGCCGGCAGCGUCGCCUCACCACAACUACUCGAACUAUCCGGCAUCGGUAGCCCUUCGGUGCUCGAAGCAGCCGGGACCCCGGUCAAGAUCUCCAACCCAAACGUUGGCGAGCACCUGCAAGACCACAUCAUGACCGCCACCAUCUACGAGAUCGACCCCUCCGUGCCGAACCCCGACACCUUACGCAACGACCCCGUCGCCGCAGCAAUGGCCGACCACAUCUACGCCACCACCAAAGGCGGCCCUCGCACCAUUCUCCCGGUCUCACUCUGCUAUCUCCCCUUAACUCACUUCGUCUCGCCGUCCCGGCUGUCCUCCCUCGCCGAACGAGCAUCCACCGCCACGCCCCGCGAUAUCGCGCGCAAAUGCCGCCUCGAGCAAGCCCAGCGUCUGGGGCAGAUAGAAUACAUCUUCGAUGUCGGCAACUGGAGCACCACCAUGCCCCCGGAAAAAGCCUCCCAACAGGAAGGUCGAGGUAAAAAAGCCUACGCCACCCUGCUGCAAAUUCUCCAAUACCCCUUCUCCCUCGGCUCCAUCCACAUCUCCCCCCACCACCCUCACGGAAAACCGAUCAUCGAUCCCCAAUACUACGCCGGAGCACAGGGGCCGCUGGAUCUCGAGAUCCAAGAACUCUGCGCUCAGUUCGGGCAGAAAAUCGUCGACACGCCGCCUUUGCGGGACUUCGUGCAGAGGCGCGUGUGGCCUCCGGAAAACUUAACAGAGGAGGAGGAAUUGAGGACUUGGAUCGUAGAGAACACGGUCACGGACUGGCAUCCGGUCGGUACGUGUAGUAUGGGUGGCAGGGAAGGCAGCGAGGCCGGGGUGGUGGAUGAGCGGUUGAGAGUUUAUGGGGUCGAGGGGUUGCGGGUGGUGGAUGCUAGUGUGAUGCCGUUGCAGAUUGGGGCGCAUUUACAGGCGACGGUGUAUGCGAUUGCGGAGAAGGCGGGGGAUAUGAUUAGGGAGGAUAGACGGCGGUAG